AUGUCUGCCCUCCGUCGCCGCUUUGCCAAUAUCAUUCGCGAGUCACCCACGCCCUCUCCCGACCCAAGUCGCGAUGUUACGCCAGAUCCCAAUGACGAGCUAAAAUUGGUUUCGAGUAAGAAGCUAGAAAAGCUCAAAACAAGAAGACACAGCAAGAGGAGGUCUGGCAUCACAUUCGGGCUGGGUGGUCUGCUAGGCCUACUGUUGGCUCUUCUAUUUGCUCAGUCGCAAGAUGUUAUUAAACUGGAAGGUUUGCUAGAGGUUAAUUUAGACAGUCUAAUGGAUGUCAUUCCUGCAGGCAUAGUCAAUGAUGUGAAGGAUCUCUCCAGGGCAGAGCGAGAUGUCGUCAACUAUGACUCGUUUUCUGUCGGUCUCCAUUUACUCUCUCAGGGGGUAAAAGCCCACCAUGCCGUGAUUAUGGUACCAGGUGUGAUAUCCACUGGGUUGGAGUCUUGGUCAACGGGUGAAAAAUCUAGGCAGUACUUUCGCAAGAGGCUAUGGGGAUCAUGGUCAAUGAUGAGAGCUUUGGUCAUGGACCAAGCGUCGUGGAAGCGGCAUAUCAUGCUCGACAAAGAGACAGGACUGGACCCUCCUGAUAUCAAGCUACGCGCAGCGCAGGGCUUCGAUGCCACCGAUUUCUUCAUCACUGGCUAUUGGAUCUGGAACAAAAUCCUGGAAAAUCUCGCCACCAUCGGAUAUGAUCCGACGAAUGCGUUCACAGCUUCUUACGAUUGGCGUCUGUCCUAUGCCAACCUAGAGCACAGGGAUCAAUACUUCACGCGGCUGAAAAAUUAUAUUGAGGUGGCGCAAAUGACAACUGGAAGGAAGGUUGUCCUUGUCUCCCACUCUAUGGGGAGUCAAGUUCUUUUCUAUUUUAUGAAGUGGGUGGAACACAAGGACCAUGGAAAAGGGGGCCCUCACUGGGUGAACAAGCAUAUUGAUUCAUGGAUAAACAUCUCUGGUUGCAUGCUUGGAACAGCCAAGGACAUUCCAGCAUUGCUCUCGGGCGAGAUGAAGGACACCGCUCAACUCAACGCCUUUGCAGUUUACGGUUUGGAAAAGUUCUUGUCCAAGGAAGACCGCGCAGAGAUCUUCCGCGCCAUGCCUGGCAUAUCGUCGAUGCUGCCCAAAGGCGGAGACGCAGUAUGGGGAAAUGCUACGUGGGCACCAGAUGAUCUGCCGCCGCCUAUCCAGAACAAAACGCACGGAACUUUCAUCUCCUUCAAACCACGUGGCAACCUUACGGAGACCGUCCGCCAGAAUCUUACAAUGACGCAGGCGUUCGACUAUCUCAUGGACAAUGCGGAGCCUUGGUACGUCGAGCAAGUCAAGCACUCGUACUCUCACGGAGUCGCGCAUACAAAGGCUGAAGUCGAACAAAAUGAAAAUAACCCUCUCACUUGGAUGAAUCCCCUGGAAUCUCGGCUCCCACUCGCCCCUGACAUGAAAAUAUACUGCUUUUACGGCAUCGGCAAGCCUACCGAGCGUUCAUACUUCUACAAGGAACAUGGUCAGCCACUCAACGGCUAUAUCAACAUCUCGAUCGACACCAGUGUUAAUUCUCCGAACGGCCGACUUCAACAGGUCGGCAGUGUUGACCACGGUGUCGUCUUUGGUGAAGGUGAUGGUACAGUCAACCUCCUUUCCACAGGAUACAUGUGCGCCAAAGGAUGGCGAGAAAUAAAACGGUACAAUCCUUCAGAAAUCAAAAUUACAACCUUCGAGAUGCCCCACGAGCCCGAUAGAUUCAGCCCUCGCGGAGGGCCGAAUACCGGGGAUCAUGUCGAUAUAUUGGGAAGAAGUAGCUUGAAUGAUUUGAUUUUGAGAGUCGCAGGGGGAAAGGGCGAGCAAAUUGAGGAGAAUUAUGAGAGUAGGAUCUGGGAGAUCAGUGAAAAAGUGAAGAUCUAUAACGAGGAAUGA